AUGUUGAGUUCCGAUAAUUCUGUUGAAAAACCAUUGUACUCUUCUGUAGUGGCGACACCAAGAAGUUUCUAUAAAGAAAAUCAAUUUACAUUCCUGUCAACUAACAAUGACAGUACAGAUUGUGACAGUGAUCAUCAUUCCAAGGAUGAACUUGACAUUUCAUCGUUCAGACAUUUGGGAAGUGAUAAGUUCAAGAUUGAUCGGAGGAAGCUUGAGAAAAUGAUUGAAACAUCAAGCAACACCGUUGGAGUAAACAAUGCUGAGUACUUUUUCAAGAACAUCAUGGACACUACCGAUACCUUUAUCACCUGGCAGAAGAAUUUGAAGAUUGGCGCCCGGACCAGGAAGCAUCCUUUUGUUAAUAUUGUCGGAAAACCAAAUGACAUAGCUUGGGCAAAGGGACUCAUUCUAUCGAAAUUGGCAACAAGAGGACCAUUACUCAAAAUGAAAAUGAAUAUCUCAGAUUCUACAUGGAGCCUCAAAACCAUUAUGGAUGAGACUGAAACACUUAUCCAUUUUCCCGAUUCAAAUAAUCCCAAUCUAAUGGCGAUGUACGGAACUCUUGAUCGCUUGGAACAAGCCAGAGUACGCCUGCGAUCAUUAACUCCAUUGCUGAUGUCAUUUGAAUUACCCAACGGAAUGCAGCUGUCAAAAUAUCACAUCGAGUACAUAAAGAAGUUGGAAAGCUUCUGCGAUGUAAAGAUUAUUUUUAUGUCACUGCCGAAACAGAGUUCCUUCUUUGCUAUAGUCAAGGGAACCGAGGGCAGUGUUGAUAACUUAAAGGAAGCCGUUCGACUGUUGGUGAACGCCACAUGUGGAAAAACAGUGGACACUGUCUUGCUGAACAUCAAAGUGGAAGUUCCUAGACAACUUUUUGAACUAUCGAUGUCUGCAGAAAACAGCUUAACUCUGAUCGAACUUAUGGAAAAGACCUCAACAAUUAUCUCCAUUCCAUCAUAUUCUAAUGACAGCAAUGUAAAAGACUUGACACCUGUCAUCAUUACCGGAACAAUGGAAGGAGUUUGUGAGGCUAAGAAAGAAAUAAUGUCACAACUGCCAAUUGAACUGACAUUUGACGUCCAGGAAAAUCCCUACUACACUGCUGAAAUUCUUAGUCUUGGCAUGAAGUAUGGAAUAUCUCUGACCAUGAAGCACAAUCCAAAGGACAACAGUGAAACAAUUACCAUGAUAGCUCCGGAGAAAAUAAUUUCACACAUCUAUGAAGCCAAUGAGGAAGUCAUGGAAAUGCAACAAGAAAUUUGCGACAAUGAGACCGAAAUACCGAAAGCAUACUUCAAGGCUUUGGAAAGUGACAGUUUUGACAGUAUUCACUUAAGUCAAUAUGCUGAUAUCUCAAAGAAAAUAUGGACACCGCUUGAGUUGAAUAAUGAGACCUGUCAUCAGCAAGGUGCCAACAAUAGGGCUUCACAGUGCAGCGAUUGGACCGAAGUGAGUAAUGACAGUCGGCAUUUCUAUUGUGAAUCUUAA